CUGUUGUAAGUUAUUUUUUGUUCUGAUUUUUCAUUUUUCUGUCUUGCCAAAGGAAAUUCGAACUUUCCGAUGUGAAAUUCGAUAUUUCAUGUGACAAAGUUUGUUUUUGUUCCAAAUUUCGUGAUACAUUCUAAAUAUGUUGAUAUUUUAUUUGAAAAGUCGAGAUUUUUUGUUGUGCAACGUCGCGUUGCGUUUUUAAUUUCGAAAUGUUCACAUUCAUAAAUAUAGUUUUCGAAUUGUUUCGUCGCGUUUUUCGCUCUAAAAACUCGAUUUUUCUCCGAACUUUGCGCUUCAAAAAAUAAAUUCAGACGAAUUUCGAUUUUAAUCGUGAACUUACCUCGGAUAAGAUCUCUUAAUUUUCAAAAAAAAAAAACAAUCGAUUCUCCUAUUUUUCAUUUUCAUUAUUCUCGAUCGAGAAAAGAGACAUAUGUCUCUCUUUGUCCUCUUCAAUUAGUCGUAAAUUUUAUUUUACAAACUUUGCCCCCGAAAAUAUGUAUUUCGCAUUUUUUUCAUGUGACUUCCUCUUCUUCUAAUUUUUUAGAACCCUUUUUUAUAACCAUGUUUUUAGAUUUUUUGAAUGGAAAAAAAAUGAUAAGAGGACAAAGUACAACAUUCUGGUUUUUCAUCUAUCGAAAAAAAAUCUGAUUUUUCUGCCACUUGUCAUUAAUUUUUCAGAUUGGAACGAAGAAAAACAAAACAAAAAAUAGAUAGGAAAAACAAAUAAAACAUAUUGAUUUUCAGCCUAAUUUUCAUUUAACAGUUUUGCUAAAAAUUUUGGACUUUCCCCUUGAAAAAAAUGAUACGCUAAUAAAUCAAAACUCUCGUCUUCAUCAAUCAUUUUUUCAUUGUCUCUAUAUAUAUUUAUUUGGGUCGUUCACACAUUCUGCAAAAAAAGUGAUAAAAUCUGCACUUUUUGACCCAAUAGAGUUUCUUCAAUUCUCUAUUUGUUUUAAAUUCUUUUUUUUUUAUUGCUGAAUUGGAGAAAAAGAAUUGAACUGUCAUGUGAUCAUUAAUAUUUACUCAAGAAAAUAAAAUUGAAUAGAAAACCAUCUGCUGCAGGUGUUUCUUCCGUUUUUCGAGAUUUUUUCAAAUUCUUGAGAAGUCUUCUAAUCAUUUUUCUUUUUAUUUUCGAAAUCAAUUUAUAUUAGGAGUUUAGUUUGGAACAUUUUAACUAAAGUUCGUUUUUUAUAUUUUUCUUGUCCUCAUUCUCAACAAAUCCGCCUUCUCCAAUUAAUCAAGAUAAUCUACAAAUUCCAGACACACACGCACAAAAAUACCACACGAAUUGCUAUCAAAAUACACGGCCAGUUGGCUUGCCGAUGUGGCAAGUUCGCUGGCAGAAGCGCCGCGGAAAAUGUGGCAAUUAACCGCGUGGACUUAUCAAAUAUUCACAGAUGACGAUGUCGAAUUACCCGAAAUGUCGUCAACUAUGAGACAAUUAUCGAAAAAUAAUCGAGAACAGGAAUUUCAUGAUUUUGUGCGACAACAGAUUGUAAGUUUUGAUGAAUGAAGAGUUUUUUUUCGGAAAUUACCUGAACAUUUUUUCAGAUUUGCUUGUGGAUUUUUAUGGCAUUCUAUUUGUUUGCAUAUUGGCUGAUAUCAAAACUAAAACGAAAAACGGAACGAGAAGCAUUAUAUGCUGGAGAAGAGGAUUAUUUCGUAUACAGAGUUUCGUGAGUAUUUUUAAAUGUUAUUUCAAACUGCGACGGAUUCAUAAAAAUCGGACAAAGUUUGAAAAAUAUUACUUGAUUCAUAUUUCAAAUCUGGAAUCCGUUUCGGCUGAAAUCUUAAUUCCAAAAAAUCCAAACCAUUAUUUUUCUUAAGAGUUUGGAUGUGCAGUAUAUCAAUGUCAGUUUCAAUCGGAAGUUUAACCCUUUUACCAUUUUCUGUAAUCGGUGUUGAAUUAUUACAAUUAUACAAAGAAGGACACGAUAAUAAUUAUUAUAUUCAAUGGUUAUCAUAUUCACUUAUUGGUUCGCUCUGGAAUUAUGUAUUUAUUCUAUCGAAUUUAUCACUUUUUGUUCUUCUUCCUUUUUCCUAUUUUUUCAUCGAAUCUCAAGGAUUUUCAACAACAAGAAAUAGGAAUGGAAUAACUCAGCGAGUCUACGAAACAUUGGCCAUUUCUGCACUUUUUAUCGUUGUUCUUCUAUGUUUGGCUGAAAUUGUAUUGACGAUUUUCAAAUAUCCCGUCACAUUUUUAUCAAUAUCUUCUGUAAAUCUACCACUGAUUUAUUCAUGUGUCUCACUUUUUGGUGCACUUUUAUUGCUCAUUUCGACGCCUUAUGGAUUUGCGAGAAUGUUUUCUGUUGUUAGAGAAUAUUUUUGUGCUUCUGAAAAUGAGAAUGCGAAUGGAAAUAUUGAAGAAGUAAGUAUUUUGGGGGAAAUUUUGAAAAAAAUCGAUAAUUUUUGAAUACCGAAUGGGAUCCCAUGGGUUUUGCAAAAGUUAAAAUUCUAUUGUAUAAAUGGGAACCGAAAUUUUUUUUUUAAAUAAUCGUUCACUACGUCAUAACUUGACUUCAAUUCAGAAGAUCUAAUCAAAACGUAAAAAUUGUUUUCAGCUUCAACUCGAAAAAUCAAGAGAAGAAUCUCAAGCUGCUGAAUUAGUUCUACCCUUCUUUGAAGAUGAAAAUCGGAAAGAUUCAGAUAGUGGAAUCGAAACAGGAUCAGUUGAAGAAGGUGGAGCUGGCGAUUUUUUGGCCCAAAAAUCGAGAAAAAGAUGGAAAAAGAAACAUGAUUAUGCAGAGGAUAGUGAAGAAAAUAAGAAUAUGGAAAUACACAAAAAACGAGAGAAUAAAAGUAUUGAGAGAAGGGAUCCACCGAAAACACCAAGACAACGACAUUUUUCGGAAUCUGGUGAUUUUGCCGAUUUUUCGCCGGAACAUUUUUAUGUGGCGAGUCCGGAACAGAAUCAGUAUAGAAAGAAUUAUAAAAGUGAAUUGAAUUUGCCAAGAUUCUUUUCGGAUUUGACGAUUGCGAGUCCGAUUUUUGCAUCAACACCGCUCGGGUGAGUUUUUUUUGUGAUUAGUUAUGGCGUGGCAUUUUUUGAUCAUAUUUGGUUGAAAGUCUAAAUUUUCCCAUUUGAAAAAUAAAGUUUAUUUUUCUUCAGAUUAUUCAACGUCCAAACCCGAAAAAAUCGAUCGCGAUCCGAAGAAGCACUUUGGCGACCAUCCUCUUCAGCCCUUUGCACUCCUCUCAAAAUUCCACGUCGAAGUGUUUUUCGUCGUGUCGCUGAACGAUUAUUUUUGAGAUUUGGCGAAAAUUCACGACGAGGAAGAAUUUAUGGAUUAUUAAUGAGACUUCGAUUUCCAACAAUUGUUGCUAUUUUAUUGGUUUUGACCACAAUUGCUUUAAUGAUGGUUGCAAUUAAUUCAUUGAAAUUGUUAUUUGGAUUUCGAAGUUUACCAGAAUAUGCACAGAUAAUUGAAGUAUCAACACGUCAUUCUUUUGGUUUAUUUGGUGCAUUUAUUGAAACUUUAAUUAUAAUAUAUGUGAUGUUAACAUCAUUUAUUGGUUUAUAUUCUCUUCCAUUAUUACGACAAUUUCGACCAAUUCAAAAAGAUACAUCAAUGACCGCGAUUAUUAUUAACUCAUCAUUGGUUUUAGUUGUUAGUUCAGCUCUUCCAGUCAUUGUAAAUACUUUAGGUAAGAUUUUUUGUUGAAAAAACCUAUGGGAAUAUAGUGGAGACAAGAGCUCCGAAGCCUUUUAAAAUUUUGAAAAUUCAAUUUUUGAACCUAAAUCUCCAUUUUUCCAGGAAUGACAACAUUUGAUCUACUCGGUGCUUAUUCAUCUCUUCAAUGGCUCUCCUCAUUUCGUGUGGUUUUAGCCUACAAUUUAGUCUUCUUCAUAAUUUCCAUCGCAUUUUUAUUCAAUCAAUUGACGGCUUCAAUGCGAAUGGAAAUUGUGCGAAGAAUUCGACAACUUCGCCAAAAAAUUCGAACCAAAAUUGAAUAG